CCUUGGCUUGGCGUUCUAAAAAUACUAUGCUUGUCUGGUUCAAAGAUAGAAUUUUGGACUUGGCUCACCUACAAAAAGUCUGCGGUUGGCGCCGUUCUAACCCACUCGCUGCAAGACGCUUAACAACCCACCUUCGUCAAAUGAACUCUGGACCUCCUUACCCAACACAAGACUACUCUCGCUUGCCCUACCAUUCCGUUGAGGCAGACUAUAGGAGACUCAUCAUGUCCAGUUCACAAAUACUAGAGCAGGCACCACCUCCUAGCCUCAGAGAAAUUCUCGGUGCAUACAAAUCGAAAGGGGACGGUGACCGAGAUAUGCUUAUUGCCAUGUUGAAUGCGAAGAGUGCCGAAGACCAACGACUUGCAUCUGUCGCUACAUUGCACAGAACCCUUCUUGAGAUGUCCGCAGCAGAUGCCCGUCAUGCAAGCCCUUCGCCCCCCUCGCAUUCUUUACCACCCACAGCAUCUUACUCAAAACAUGGGCUAUAUCCAAGUGACAUGACCAAUGGACGUGUCUCCCCUCCAUCACUACCUGUAGUGAGGGAACCUCCUCAACUCUCUCAACCACCUCGAAAACGCCAGCGCUCUUCUCACUCCCCUUCAUCACAUUAUGAAUUACGCACAUCUCAUACAUCCUCUCGCGAUUUACCACCUUCCCCAUACUCGUCUCGGAGUGAUUCCGAGGAGUACUCGCCACGAUCCAGAGCAUCAAUGGCGAUAGGGUCAUUGCUCUCUACCGGUCCUAGCAGAGAUGCUCCAGAGGAUCUCCAAAAUCAUUCAGAGAGCACUCAACACACGUCGUCCGGCUCUGUUGGAGUUGCAGUGUAGCUACUACGCAAGCUCCCAUGUCCUGUUUCAUUACUUAUUGUUUUCAUUGCGCUGUAUGGUUAGCAUUACUGUUUGUCAGAUUAAGCUCUCGUAAUCUCUCACCUUUCCCUGCCCCUUGUGGGACAUACUGUCAUCCUUGGCAGCAACUAGUACCAACAAAUGGCAGUGUAAUGACACGUCCGAUGAUAGAAUGGCCGGAACUAAUGACCAAGAUAAUGGGACCAGACGACGCCAAGAUUCUAUUCAUAACUGCCCAGUUAUCUUUGGAGUGUAGUUCUUGUUGCUUUUGAC